AUGGUGACUGCCUUUCAAAGCCGAAAAUUUACUAGUUCUCUUUCAAGCUCCAAUGAUGCAUCAUUGGAGAAAUCAUGCCACCUCUGUUCCAAGCCUCUUGAAAAAGCCAAAACCAAAAUCUGUGCUUCUUGCUCAAAACCAACCUGUAAAUAUCAUUCAAGAAUAAACAGAAGCGGCCUAAUUGUGUGCUAUAAUUGUAUGUACGAAGAAAUAAAAACAAAUUUAAUUAUAGAGAAAAAUAAACAAAUUGCCAUAUACAACACAGAUUUAAUAGACAUUGCAAAGCAAAGGAAAGAACUAAAACAUGACAUCAAAGAAAAAACUUCAAAAAUCCAAAAGCUAGAAAAGCAGCUGCAAAAUAUAGAAAAACCGUUUGAAAACAAAUGUGAAAAUAUUAAUAGAAGGAUUGAGUCAGAAAUUAAGUAAAGUAUUCUAGACGAUGACCAGUAAUUAUUAUUUAUGAUAAAAUAAUUAAAAUUCACAUCAAAAAGUAUAUAAUGAGCCUAAUCUUAAUCUUAAUUAACUUGCUUUAAGUACUCAUCAUGCAUAGUCCUUUGGCCAUUUCCAAGCUUGGUGCCCGAUAAAGAAAUCGCUGUCCAGUUCCUAUCUCCACCUAUCUUCUAGAGGCGCUAGACGGCAGUAUCCUCGAAUCUUCGCCUGCUCUAACCUACAGUAUGUCUAACUUGGGUUACCUGCCAUGAAAAUUCAGAAAAUAUAUUUUCCAGCCGUCUCGUCCCGAUAUGGAAACGAGCGACAAGCGGUCCCCAGUAAAUUUCUAAUGGAUUAGUAAUGCUAUUCGCUGACAUCUCUAGACUUUGAUGAAUAUACCCUUUCCAAUCUCAUGUUCCAUCCAUCAAUCCCAAGAGUUAAAAACCCAGCCUAGAAUUCAGACUUGGGCAAAGUGCCACUACUCACUCAGCAUUGCUGCCUAUUUCUCUGCUUGGAAAACCUCGCUGGCAUAAUUAAAUAUAUGUCGAGGCUGCAUGGCCUCUCGGCCAUGCCUGGGUCAAAGCACCAUAUAUAAUUAUGUAUAUAAUGAGUCAAUUCAAAAUGAACUCACGCAACUAGAAACAGUUUUCCGUGACGCUGAAAGGACAAAAAAUGCUAUGAAGAAUAAGUUAUUAGAAACAGAAGGAGAAAUAGAAAUUCUUAAUAAAAACAGAAUGAACCUAGAGUGUGGGAAAGAUAUGCUGCUAAAUAGGCUGAAUGUCUUGAUGGCCGAAACCAAAGAAUUAGUGCCUUAUAUCAAAUUGAGAGAAUUUCUAUGUGGAAAAUGCAAAAGAGCCAUAAAAAGAAGAUUUUCAGAGUACAUAAUUGGUAGCAUUGGACAAGACCAAAGCAGAAGUAUUUUUGAAAGCGUCAUAAAUUACCAGAAAAGUGUAUUAGUAGGAUAUAACUCAAGAAAGAUAAAAGAUGAGCCUUCAGAAUCUUGCAACUGCGAUAUCAUGUAA